UAUUAGAGAAGUGGCCCAUGGGAUAAAUCGACUUUCAUCGGCAUACCAGAAAUGGACUCCUCAUGUUUUAGUGGGUAUGAUCUCCAGCAAGAUCCUCAGCAGGGAACCACUUAUUUCUCUGCUGAUACUAAUAACAACUCUUUGCUUGCUUAUGGCUUCAUUUCACCUGGAGGAAUUCUAGCAUUAAUAAAAUGGGAUUAUGGAUCCAAGAGUUGGUCGACAAAUUGGGUGGCACGAAGCAACAGUUGCGAAGUUUAUGGAACUUGCAGUACUUUUGGCCUCUGCAACUCACUAAACUCUCCUAUCUGCCGUUGUGUAAAGGGGUUUAUGCCGAGAUCCAAAGAAGAAUGGAACAGCAGGAAUUGGACCAGAGGGUGCAUCAGAGAAACAGAAUUGAAUUGUCAGAAGAACACAAGCAGGUCUGCUUCGAUGCAGGUGAAGAAAGAUGUCUCUGUGCAAAUGAACCGGAUGAAAGUGCCUGAUUCUGCGGAAUACUUAUCAGACAUUGGAGAUGGAGGAGGAUGCCAAAGCUGGUGCCUGAAUAAUUGUUCUUGCUUGGCUUAUUCUUAUGACGGCACAAUAGGGUGCUUGGUCUGGGCUAAAGAUCUGAUCGAUAUGCAGGAGUUUUCAACAGCUGGGCAAGAUGUACACGUUCGGGUCGCACAUGACAAUACAGGUAUCAGAGGUUUCCCUACAAUGAGUAUCACUUGA